CCCAGCUCCCUCCCAUCCCUCUCUAUAUGUUGUGUGCUCUAACCCAAAAACAAGAGCUUAUCUUGCAUAAGAGAUUUAACUGUGAGCCAUACUGCAGUCCAUGGAUCCAUGAUGGGGUUGUGGAUGCUGCUUCUUCUGCAUUUACACCUUGGCAAUGCUCCCUGGAUUAAAGUGCUGUGUGCUUCCCUCCCCGCGCCUUCCAACGUCUCCAUCUCUUCCUUUAACAUGGAGCAUAAACUCAGCUUCCUACCUGGCCCCGGGACCCCCUCCAACACCCACUUCACUGUUGAAAUCCUUAAGCAGACCCACCUCAGGAAGAGCUUGUGGAGAUCAGUGACUGGAUGUUCUGAGCUGACUGCUGGACAGACAUGUAACCUAACCAGAGCGUUCAAGUACCCGUUCAGUCAGUACCGAGCCCGCGUCCAGGCCUUCACAUCCAUCCAGAGAUCCAACUGGACUGUGUCUGAGCAGUUCCAGCCUCUGUCAGACACUGUGCUGGGACCUCCUGAUGUGUCUGUGUCCGGCUGUGGGAACUGUUUGCUCCUGCAGCUCAGAGUUCCUACAACAAGGGGCCUCCAGUACCACCAGCAACUGAGGGACCUCUACAGAGAACUUGUCUUCCAUGUGCAAAGGACUAGGGAUGGUGCACAGUUCAGACUGAUUGUGCCUUACAAAGAGGAGAUCAUGAUCACGUACUUGCAGCCAGGUGUGGAGUACUGUGUGACCUUCUCCGUGACAGCGCUCUUCAACACCAACUCUGUCUCCAGUAAACCUCACUGUGCCUUCACCAGCCCUCCUCUGCACAGGAGCUCAUUGUACGUGGUCUUCAGCCUGCUGGGUGUGUUCUGUGCACUGGGGUUUCUCCUCAUCGGAUUGAUUGUCUACGGCAGUCAGCUGAGCUUCAAAUUACUAAGACACCUACCCAGAACUCUGUCAAAAAGGGAGCAUCCAUAGGCACAUGGACAGACUGUUCUACCUGAGUCAUACUUCCUUCUCCAUGGCCAGAAUGGUGGAUUGGACCUCCCGAACUCUCAGGCCAAAUUUCCGACUGCUCACAGUUGUGUGGAACCUGUGGGGGAUGUACGGUUUAGUAUCAGAGUGAGAUGUUUUGUAAAUUGUACUUAUCCAGUUUUAUGGCAAAAUUUCUAAUUUCCUCCGACUCCUCUUUGGAUUUUUUAAAUGAGUUUCAUGUGGAUGAAGUUACUGUCUGUGAAAGGACUUCCAUAUGCCCAAGAAUAACUGGGACAAAUGAGGAGGAAAAGAAUACACUUUGGAAAUGCCUUAACCGAUGCAUGAAAUUCAACCUGAACAGCUGAGACAUAUAGGAAUAAUCAUAAAAAGCCAGCAGCAUAGUUUUAUCUUUUCUUAAAUGCUGUUGUCCAUUGUUCUAUCCUUCUUUAUUCUUUAUUUUGUUACUGCUGUUGCUGAUCAGCUGUUUAUUCACCAAAUGUUUUUGGCUGUCUUGCCCUCAUCAGAGUGAUGAUGUCUUUUUAAGGUGCCUGGUGAGUGCAAGAUAUCGAAACCAUCUGGUGAAUUAAUUGUGGUGUGCUGGUGAAGAGUUGCAUGACUUGGUUAACAAAUGGACUAGCACCGAUGCUAACACAACAUUUGUAUGUGUGUGUGUUCUCAAUGUUAUAAACUGGAAAGCUUUUCAUCAGCCAUUAAUGUAAUUACAGUUCUUUCAUAGUCAUUUCCCCAAUAAAGAAAACUUCACCCAGUAAACAGAGAUAGUCUGCGGGUGUAUUAUCAGUG